UGAGCAGAGAGAAGCCACGGCAAGGUCGCCGCCUUUUCGAGCGUCUCUUCUUCCCUUUAACUCGCGGCCGCGACGGUGACGGCGGUUAAGAGAUGGAGGCGGAGGCGCUCGGGUUUAAAGGUGUGGCAUUUUGCCGUCGGAACCCUGCGAUGACGACUGCCUGCGGCCAGAGCCCCUCUCUGUAUUUCGCAUUGGUUGGGGCUGUGAUGGCCACGCGGGCUAUCCAAAUAUCUCAUUGCUUUUUAUUUUUAUUUUUAUUUUUAAAUUAAGAUGUUCAUACUUUAAUUGCAUAGUUUUAAUUUCUCAAUGCUAAUUUUUUUAUAGCUACUCGACUGUUCAGUUGUGUAUAUGAUAAUGCUUUUUAAGAUGAAUGUGUGUAUAUAUUUUUUGAGAAAAAAAGUAUCUAAUUUUAUUUUAGAUAACUUUCUCUAAUGUUCAUCGAAACAACGUCAUUUUAAAAUUACAAAAACACUAUGAUUUUCGUCCCAAAACGAUGUUGUUUCGAUGAACAAAGUAACCUUAGAAAAAACAAACCCAUAUUUUCUUAGUAAUUUCUUACCGUUUUCACUUUACUUCCUUACUUAUUUGCAAUUUGGUUGUUGAUUAAUUGGUUUGGCAUGUUGAUGUGCUGAUUAAUUUUGUAAUAUAUUUUUAGUGAAAAUGUAUGUAACUAACAAAUAUUUCAAGGGAUGACAACUGAAGGUGCAGUACCUGCUGUGAGAGAUUGGUGGGACAGUGUGGAAGAAGUUAUAAUAGCAACAUUUGGGGUUCUUGGAUAUAUAAUUUUUGACACAUUAUGGAGAAUCUUCCUGUUGAAGUGAUUGGGAACAUACUGUCUCAACUAAAAGCUGCCCGGGAUGUAUUGGUAGCUUCUGCAAUCUCUAGGAAAUGGCGUGAAGCAUGCCGCAAGCAUCUUCACACACUGUCAUUUAGUUCCAAUGAUUGGCAUAUUUACCGUGAUUUGACAACUAGUAGGCUCGAAAUCUUGAUAACACAAACGAUUUUCCAAACUUCAGCAUUGCAAGCACUGUCAAUUUUGAUGGAAGACGUUGAGGAAUUCUCAGCUUCCACUGUUAUUGCUUGGCUCAUGUAUACAAGGGAAACUUUGAGGAAAUUGUUUUAUAAUGUAAGGACUAUGCCUAAUGUCAACAUUCUUGAUAUAUGUGGUAGGCAGAAGCUGGAAAUACUGGAAUUGGCUCAUAAUUCCAUUGCAGGGGUUGAACCCAAUUAUCAGAGGUUCCCUUGUUUGAAAUCCCUUUCCUUGAGUUAUGUCAGUAUAUCAGCAUUGGAUCUCAAUCUUUUGUUAUCUGCAUGUCCGAAGAUUGAAACUUUGGAACUCAUCAAUCCAGAGAUUACAAUGUCUGAUGCACAGGUGACGGUUGAACUGAAUAGUUCAACACUAAAGAGUGUAUAUGUAGAAGCAAUCAGUUUGGACAAGUUUAUAUUAGAGGCUGAUGGUAUUGAGUGUUUGCAUUUGAAAGAUUGUGCACUUGAGGUUUUUGAACUGAUUGGCAAGGGGACCUUGAAGCAUUUUAAGAUUGACGAUGUUAGUGUUAUACAUCUUGAUAUUGGUGAGACGGUUGAGAAUCUUGAGAUUGUAGAUAUCAGCAACUUCACAAUUAUAUGGCCCAAAUUCUACCAGAUGAUUUCAAGAUCAUCAAAUUUAAAGAGGCUUCGGCUUUGGGAUGUGAUGUUUGAUGACGAGGAUGAGAUUGUAGAUUUAGAAACAAUUGCUACAUGCUUCCCACACUUGAGCCAUUUAUCUUUGAGUUAUGAUGUUAGAGAUGGGGACGGGGUGCUUCACUUUGGUCUCCAAGGCUCUUCUUAUCUGCAGAAUGUUAUUGUUUUGCAGCUUGGCUGGACUGUGAUCAAUGAUCUAUUUUCCCACUGGGUUGAGGGGCUGCUUAAGCGAACUCCCAAUCUUAAGAAGCUGGUCAUCCAUGGAAUUGUUUCUGAGGCUAAGUCUGAUGAAGAAUGCCGGAUGUUAGCUAAUUUCACCACAUCAAUGGUUGAGCUUAUGAGGAGAUACACGCAUGUAGAUCCACAUUUUAAGUAUGAAUAGAAUUCUGCUAAACACCUUGGGAUAGAUCAAAUUUUUGUUUGUCGAAUUGUAUAGGCACAUUUGCUGGU